AUGUCGAGCCCUAACGAGCUGCGAGAAGCACUACGUUCGCUGGCUGAAGCCAACACCGCGAAGUUGGAAGAGAUGCUCAGGUGGGCUCCAGUACCCUACAGGGUACAGCUGCAGCGAGCCCUGGCACGGACAGAGCCGGUCGCGCAGCCUGCACCCCCUACAUCGAGUCCGCCUUCAGCUCCGUCGCAGCCUACCUCGAGCAGUUCGCCGAGCACGACCCCGGCAAACGAGCUCUACGGCGACCGCUGCCGUGGCGAGUUCCAGUUCGUGCUUGGCCCCACCGAUGGCGAGUUCGCAGCCGCCUCCUGUGAAGGCAAACUCGGCGCCUUUGGCGAAAGGGACGUCGAAGUGACCGCCCCAGGUGGUGCUCCGUCCGUCAGAGCCUGUGCAGCCGAGCUCGCCGAAGAUGCACUCAGCAGCGGCAGGAGCUCCGCAGCCAAAGUUGGGCGUGCCGCGGUUGCAAGAACCGUGUCGCAAAGUGUCGGGGGACCGCCACAGGUCGCAGCCGCCACAGGUCCAGAGCACGUCCGAACGGGCGCGCAGUCCCAGCCGCUUCGGGGACACAAGGUACUGGCGGAUGCCAAGUGUUCGCACUGCCUCCCCGCCUUAGGCACGGCAGGGAUCAAGUCCGCAAGACAGCUAGAGGACGUGGACAGGGCACAGGUUCGUGCCGUCCUAGGGGAUGUGGGCACGGACAAACCGUUCGCACCUAGAGCCUUGCUUCGGCCAGCAGCACGGAGCGACGUACCAGUUGUGCACCCGUAUGCCCGAGGUUCGCUCCAGAGAGUUGGCCUCUCCAAUGACGGGGCGCCACUAGACAUUGACCUGGACAAAGCGGACACAGAGUUCGCCCUUGAUAAGUUCGCCAAAACUUCAAGGGCACCUCGAGAGUCCAGGUGGACUACGUGGAAGAAGAUGGCCAGUUCGCGCAGCCUAGACCCUGUCCCACUUUCCGUGGACCUGAUAGACAAGGUUGGCUCCAUACUGCUCGAUAUCGUUCGCCUGCGCAAUAUUAUGCCAUCGCAAAAGAGAAGCACGUGCAGCAAGGGUUCGCCCGAGUUAGAGUUGGCUAGGAACCAAGCUAUUCGCUCAGUGCUCAGGGGAGUUGGCCCCAGCGAGCCCAAGUUGGAUCUCGAAAUCGACAAAGCCACCGAAAAGUUCGCGGACCAGAUGGCAGCAGCCUACAACCAGCUCCAGCAGCCAGAGCACGUUCGCCUUCCUCACCCGGCAGAGACCGCGACAGCAGCAAGCUGGUUCCUUCUUCGAGGCGUCGAGGUGCCAGCGUCACCUGCGCGGAUGUCUCGUCUCGCAAAGAAGGACGAGCAGUCACCCUCCGCCUGCCAGUCAGCAAGCUGCCCAGCCGAGACACGCCCGGCACUUAUGUUCACUCGCUUGCAAAAGUGCUCUUGUGCGCACGGGAGAGCCCCGCUGUGCGUCUUCCACGCCAUGAUGCGCAUCGUCCUCGACCUCCGCCUGCGCCAGCAGUUCGCCCCGGAAAAGUUUCUGUUCGGUAACGAAGGGGCCCCUUCAGUCAGACAGGUCAGCGCCCUGGCCCAGUCCGCAGCAUUUGCCCUACAGGAGCAGUCCCUGUUCGAGUGGGGUCCAAAAGCAGUGGAGAAGUGGGCGCAACAUUCCUUUCGGGUUGCGGGGUACGUCCAGAACUCCGUGUCUGUGCCGGAGCGCAGACAGUCCGAGCAUGGCCUGCCCCUUCAGAACAAAGCCUCGCAAGCGAGCAUUGGAUCUCCUCCUGCGGCAAGCGGCGCUACGGUCCGCAGCCAUGUGGUGACGGGAGCCCCCUCGACAGCGCCUUCCCUGCCCCACUUGGCGAAGCUGGCCGCUGACAGUGCCCUGGACCAACAGAUCCUGGACUUCCUGCAGGAUAAGGGCAUCCAGUCGUCCGGCAUCUUCUUUCACAUGUUCGCCCAACGCGAGAAGAUAGCCAAGUUUCUCGAGCCGCUGGCCAUUGGCGUGAAGCUCAAUGGCACAGACGUCAAGAAGGACGUCACGCAGCUGGCAGUGGCGGAGGCCACCUUCGAGCAUAUGAUGGACGAGCUGACCGUACUUCGCAACCAACAGUUGGCCACGACAACACAUGCAGCGCCUUCAACGCCGAUGCCAGCUACUAGUUCGACAACAGUGGCCGCGGACCCGACGAAGCCCCUCAAGUCGCUUCCCAAGGGCUACUGUGCACAGGUGGUGAAGGACUUCGAGGCCGAGAAGGAGAUACUGGCCCGUAUGGUCCACGAGAAGAUGGUGUCGGGCCUUUCCUCCCCCAUUAAGUUGGGCAAGGUGAUGUCCUGUCGUCAACCCCUGGAACCGUUCGGACACGGACCGCGUCUGUUGACGGUGAUCGAUACCUUCGAGUCCGUGAAAUGGGCGAUGAUUUUCGCCACGUGGGGCAAGGAACCAGACGUGGUCCGCGAGUACUACAAGAAGACCUCGUGGGACUUCGCGAUGCAUAUGCGCUCCGAACACACGUUCGAGUCUGGAGUGGACAAAAUCCUCCAGUCGCCCGACAAGCACGAUGCCCUCGCGAGGUGGCUUAAGGCAAAGGCCAGAAAGGAAAGGGCCAAAGGUUGCGAGACCCGCCCGUAUGGGGGGAAAUGCAAGUGGCGCACACCGUUCGCUCCUGUGCCGACUCAUCCUGGCGCACAGGAAAGAGUGCCGCUUGUAGCCACAGGGCUUCUGCAAGUUCGGAGACAAGUGCAAGUUCGCCCACGGACCGGUCCUCCCAACACCGCAGCCGCCUCUGCUGCAGCAAACGCGGUGGGCAGGCCUGGCACCGAGCUUGACCAGCCAGCUCAACAGCAAGAGCGCGCUGGGCAGCCAGCCCCGACAACAAGGCCAGAGCUCGUGGCGUCGGGACUGGUCGCCGUCCCAUCUCUCCUUCUUCGGAAUGUCGAUGAGGCCAUCUCCUUGCAAGCAACAGGGCCAGAAAUCUGGUAUCCAGCAGUCCCAACUCCCUCACUCGAAGUUCGCUUUCACCCGGACGGUCUAGACGAGGCAUCGCGCUUCCGGUGGGCCACUUCACUACAAUGGCUCGACCUCUUCCCCAUUAACCUCAACCCGUGUUUGCAGUGGGCCAUGGACAUGCAGCAUCACAUGGGCCCAGCCCUGGCGCAGUGGCGAGAAUCAGCCCUUUGCCGCCAGGAGCUUGCUGGCCAACACGACAGGCUUCCAAGUACUCCUCACCCCUCACCAUCGACAGAGCAGCAGUUCGGCUGUUUCAACCUGGAACAUGUCCGCCAAGCCCUGCGCAACCCCAGAUCAUCAGAUCAUGAGGCGACACUGCGUGCCGAGGUUGAGGGCGAAGCCAAGAAGGACAGGUUCGUGGGCCCUUUUAGCACUUCCUGGCUGUUUGAGAACGCGGGCCCCUUGGGUCUUCGAGCCGCCCGGGCCUUCCCAAUCGAACAGCAAGGCAAGGUUCGCAGAGGUGACGACUGGCUUCGCUCAGGUGCGGGCACUCAGACCACCAUCGCCCAAUUGCGACACGCAGCAGCGCAUGGCCAGCCUCAACUGUUCGCAGUCGACCACGAGGGAGCGUGCAGAAGCGGUUCGCAAUCCCUCCGAGUGCUGCACCGUGGUGCCGCCCAUUCGGGAGCUCGGGUAGCGUAUAUCCGGGUCGCAGAUGCCCUCUGUUUCCUCAGCAUUGUUCUCCUGUGGCUGGCAGCAGCCUACUUCGUUGCCGACUUCUUCGGUUGCGAGGACUGCAAGUCCUCAGACACAGGGUCCACGGGAUACCAGAUGAAAGAAGCAAAAGCAAAGCCACCCUCCGCCGACAUCACCCUGCUGGGAGUCGACUGGAGGAUACGGGAAAAGUUCGUGCACGCCUCCCCGGGAGCCACACGGAUCGCAGAGAUCCGCCACACCGUCGCACAGGCCUUGCGCACAGACUCCUUGACGUCCGCCGAGUCGGCCAAGCUCGCAGGCAAACUAAGCUUCGUCGCAUCGUGGAUGUUCGGAGCAGUGGGAAAGGCUUUCCUGCGACCGUUGCAUACUUUACGCAGAUGCUUCACUGGAAACCGCAGGGCAGCCAACCAGUGGCUGCAGGAGAGGUGCUACAAGCGGCGGACAAUGGUUGGGGAGCCACCUUCAGUUCGCCGUCAGGCAGAAGGAAGGUGCUUCAGGUCGCAAGUACCGCAGAGGAUGUUCGACGAAGUGGUGACCUCGAAGGCGUUCAUCUUCUGGCUGGAAAUUCUGGCCCAAGUGUUCGCAACAGUCGCUGGGCAGCCGAGCCAGGGCAUGCACCUACUGUGCUUCUGCGACAACGUAGCGGCGGAACACGCCCUGAGGAAAGGAUACUCCAAGGACGAUAAGUUCACCAAGGUGCUCGCAUGCUUCUGGUCGUGGGUGGCCUCUCGUUCGGUGUCGCUGACAUUUCACAGGGUCUCCUCAAAGGAGAACUGUUCGGACGGGAUCUCCCGUGACCAAUGGGAUUUUGUGAACCAGUUCGACUUCUGCAGAGUCGAGCCCGACUUCUCUGAGCUGUACCGGUGGCUGGCCACCGUCGAGGACACCAGCUUGGACGUCCUGGUCGACACGUUCGCCGAGACCGCCCAGUCCGUCUCCGCGCACCAGAGUGGAGAACAGCGCGCGGAAGUGGCUUGA